AUCUGUCUGACUUUUUACUCUCUAGUUUGUAGUUUGUGUAGUCAGCGCCAAGCACAUCUUGUCUUGGAUUGCUGUUUAAAUUAAAAUUGGCGAAAUAUGGCAGGAAUGUCUGCUGUUCAGCAGAAGCAAUUGCCGAAAGAUGCUCUAGUUAUCACUUCAAUCCUCAAAGAACUUGGAAUUAAUGACUACGAACCACGAGUAAUCAACCAGUUGCUAGAAUUCACCUAUCGAUAUGUGACUGGUGUUUUGGACGAUGCCAAAGUGUAUGCCAAUCAUGCCAAGAAGAAGAUGCCUGAUAUCGAAGAUGUGCGGUUGGCUGUUCAGAUGCAGGUCGACAGGAACUUCACGACUCCUCCUCCAAGAGAUCUAUUGUUGGAGAUUGCUCGGCUGAAAAACAACAGUCCCCUGCCGCUGGUGAAACCCCACUGUGGUAUCCGGCUGCCGCCGGACCGCUACUGUCUCAAUUCAUGCAACUAUCGUCUCAAGAGCACGGCACCCAAGAAGUUUGGACAUUCUACUCUCUCGGGAAGCAGCUACGGCGUGCAGCAAGCCUCUAUGAAGUUGGCCAGCAAGGGGCCACAGCUGCAACUGGUCAAGCGGCCGUCAAGCGCAAGUUUGACAACUGUUCCCCGCACACAGUCCAUCACUGCACCCAAGCCCGUUAUCAAGUUUUCACCAGCAGGUUCAGUAGGUCUGCCACAAGCCCAGAAAAUGAUGACACCGAAACCAAAAAUACAGAUAGCAACAGCUGGGCAGAUAGAGAUGGGCACAGUCAAACUGGAAGGAGACGAUGAACUAAACCGGAAACGUAAGCGUGAUCCUGACGACUAUGAUGCCUUGGACAAUUGAUUUCUCACUUUUAAGUGAGUUACGUGAAUGUUAACUUUUUAUUUUUCCAUUGUAUAUAAUAACUGUAAGAAUAUUUAUUUGUUAAUAAAGAUUUUAUAUGUGAGAAA